AUGCCGACUCGUCGAUUCCACGGCAAGACAACAACGGGAUGCACGGCAUGCAAGCGCAGACAUGUAAAAUGUGACGAAGCUAGACCAGUCUGUAAGAAUUGUACUAGGAGACAGGAGACCUGUAGCUACACCAUCGUCGAAGAGACUCGAAGCAGCACUUCAGGUUCAAUCCCUGACUAUGAUGGCAAAUCAAGCACUUCAAGUCCAAACGGUYGGACACACCACUUGUACGAUGGACUGGAUCUGACGCUUAUGCAUCGAUACUCGACUGUUACAUCAAUCCAUCUCUUCCCGACUGAAGGAGGACGUCAAGUAUGGCAAGACUUUGUGMCUGCUAGGAGUGAAACGUGUGAUGUGCUGCAAAGGGGAAUGCUGGCUCUUGCGGCAAUGKACCUCGCUCUGCAAUGCAGCACGAGCCCAGAAGCGUCCCUGUUACCACAGGCGGCGAUAUACCGCGAAAGAGCACUACACCAUCAGCAAGCUGCACUGCCUGGUUUCCGAGAUUUGAUUCAAAGCCCAGACCUGCAAGACCGUACCGCCGCCUUCCUUUUCAGCKUAAUGCUAAUUAUAUUGGCGUUUGGCACCGCCCAUUCUGCGACUACUAAGCCGACGUUGGAAGAUGUUUYGAACUUCUUCGCCUUGUUUCGAGGACCCAAGACGCUCUGGCAACUGCAUGGGGAUGUUGCGAAUGCAGAGCUUGUCGAGACCAUGAGUCCAAAGCCGGUCGCUUCCCCUCCGUAUCCAUCUGACAAGGACGAGACUCUGAAGGACCUCAAAGACCUUGUGCUUGACGAUGCUUGUGCAGAGGCGGUAGCAAUAUUGAAUGCUGCUUGGGACCGGUUUGAUGCCAACAGGACCGAUGUGCGAUCAAUCGCCUUUUUCCCAGCAAUGGCUUCAGAGGCAUACUACGCUCUUCUUCGGCGACGGGACCCCAAUGCUCUCCGAAUCCUUACACAUUACGCCAUGCUUUUGAGCAAGUUCAGAAGUCGUUGGUGGAUAGGGGCAUGGGAUAAAAUCUUGCUGGAUGCCRUCUCCCCAGAUAACGAUGCAGCGACGAAGGGCUUGGUCACAUAG